AUGGGGAAGAGGCAGAUACAGCUGGCGUUCUUUGAAACUGCCUGUACGGGCAACUUUGUGUGCGCCGGGCAAUGGCGCUCGCCAGGAGAGAUAUCGUCCACGAAAGACCGGAUUGACUACUACAUGAAACUGGCUCAAUUGGCCGAACGAGGCAAAAUCCUCUGUGUCUUCUUUGCCGACUCAUAUGGCGGUAAGGAAGUGUAUGGCGGCUCACAAGCUCCCCUCUUAAAGGCCGGAACUCAGGUCGCUCAGUUGGAUCCUGUUACUCUCAUUUCGGCCUUGGGCAUGGUCACCAACUCUGUGUGCUUCGGGAUCACGGGUAGCACGAGUUACUUGAAACCGUACAUGCUGGCCCGAACUUGGAGCUCAUUGGAUCACCUUACCAACGGCCGUGUCGGUUGGAACGUGGUCACCAGCUACAGCAAAGAGGUUGCCUUCGCACUGGGUCUUACUGACGUCGUUGCCCGACGACAAGCGUUACGAGAUGGCUGA